AAUUAGGGAGGGAUAAUGUCUUAGAGCUGUGUCUUUUGGCAACCACUCAUCAGUUUAAACUUCUAUAUCAUGUCACAUUUGUUUCUGUCCAUCUGAUGGCCAUUAUGAAAUGUCAGAACAGCAGUCACCUAGAACAAUGCCUUUAAAAAACAUCUAUAUUUUGGCAUAUCUAGGGAAGAUCUCAAAUCCAUACUCGUCCUGUCUCCUCAAAAUCCAUUCAACCAGAAAUCCCUCCUCUGACGACCACCUAUGGGUUUUGAGAAAGAGGGAGGAUGCGAGGAGUAUGCAAUUGAGAUAUUCCCCUAGUGUUUUGUUGCCUCUUGACAUUUUGAGGGAAAUUAGCUCAUUUUAAUGCAAAUAAGUUAUAUUCAAUAUACAGAGGUGAUGACUUAUGAUUUGCUAGAGUUUUGUAAAUUGACUUUUUUUAAUGUAUGUUCAGAGCAGUGCAGGCUGGUGGGAGGAGCUAAAGGAGGAUGGGCUCAUUUUAAUGGGUGGAAUGGAGUUAAUGGAACAGAGUUCACAGGUUUGUGUUUGAUACCAUUCCAGCCAUUACAAUGAGCAUGUCCUCCUAUAGCUCAUCCCACCAGCCUCCUCUGGUUCAGAUUAAGAGUCUCAUUUCUGAGAAUUUACUAUCGUGAGUAGAUUUAUCAUACAUUUAAGUUUAAUAAAUUACAAAUAAAUCACUCAAUCGCCGAAGAUUUUAAUAAAAGUCAGUGUAAUGAAAUCAGAAUGCGGAACAUUUGCCACCAGACGGCGCUAAAGAUGCCUCGUCCCCAUACUGUAUUUAUUUAUUUAUCUUGCUCCUUUGCACCCCAGUAUCUCUACUUGCACAUUCAUCUUCUGCACAUCUACCAUUCCAGUGUUUAAUUGCUAUAUUAUAAUUACUUCGCCACCAUGGCUUAUUUAUUGCCUUAGCUUACCUCAUUUGCACUCACUGUAUAUAGACUUUUUGUUUUCUUUUUUCUACUGUAUUAUUGACUGUUUUGUUUAUUCCAUGUGUAACUCUGUUGUUGUACGUGUCGAAUUGCUAUGCUUUAUCUUGGCCAGGUCGCAGUUGCAAAUCAGAACUUGUUCUCAACGAGCCUUCCUGGUUAAAUAAAGGUGAAAUACUGUUUUUGGUUAAACUCGUUGGACUGUUGCCGAACAGAAAGUCAUCUCCGCCAUAAACACUUCACCAACGCGACACAACAAGCCCGAAUGUAGACGUGAAGCUUAAUCAGACAGAGAUCAUGUCUAAUUUCGUGGAAUCGGGAAGGAGAAGAGGGGAGGGAAAAGACCCAGAUGACUUUUCGGAGAGCAAGGAGGAGGAUGUGUCCUUAGCCACAGAGCUCCGUCUUGUCCUGAUCGGAAAGACAGGAUCAGGGAAGAGUGCCUCUGGGAACACCAUCCUGGGCCGCAGGCACUUCCUGUCAGAGCUCAGCGCCAGCUCAGUCACCCAAGUCUGUGAACAAGGCAGCGCAGACCUGACUGAGGAGGAGGAGGAAGGACAGGGAGUCAGGAGGAAGAGGACGAGAGUGGUGGUGGUAGACAUGCCAGGUUUUGGAGACACACGCUUCGAUGCUGAGCAGACUCAUUCUGAAAUAGCCAAGUGUGUGGCACUGUCUGCCCCAGGCCCCCAUGCAUUCCUCCUGGUGAUCCCACUGGGACGCUACACUGAGGAUGAGGACCGAGCCGUGAGGGACAUGGUCCGUAUAUUUGGGGAGGGGGCGGUCCAUGACCACACACUGGUCCUGUUCACUCGUGGUGAUGACCUAGAAGGGAGGGGGAUGGAGGGGUACCUCGGAGCCAGCGCCCCGGUGGAGCUGAAGGCCCUGAUAGAGAGGUGUGGGGGCAGGUACCACGUCCUCAACAACCGAGACCCAAGUGACCUGCACCAGGUUGUAGGGCUGCUGGAGAAGGUGGAGAGGAUUGUGGAAGAGAACAAUGGAGGCUUCUACACCAACACCAUGUUCAGAGAGGCAGAGGCUGCCAUCAGGGAGGAGCAGGAGAGGAUGGUGAGAGGGGAGGGAGAAGGCAGUGAGAUGACGGACAGGGAGAACAAGAUAGCCAAAAGACGGAAGUGUGAUCUAGAACGGAGUGGGUGGGAUGAGAGGAGGGGGGCAGCUGUGGGAGGUGCAGGAUUAAGGAGGAGAGACCUGGAGGGAUGGAAGGUGGAGAGGUGGACAGAAGAGAGGAAAGGAAGUGCAGUUAGCCUCCCGAGGGACAGAGGGGACAGGUGGAGGGAGUUGUUCAGGACCAGGUGGCGGGGCAGCGACAGGGCCUUGAUCAGGAGGCAGUCUUCCCUCUCUGCCCUGGGGCAGAUCAGGAGGGAGGCUGCCCUUUCUGAGAAGGUCCUAGAGAAAGUGAAGAUCCUGGUGGCUGCUGGAGUCACUGGCAUGGUCGUGGGGGCAGUGUUCGGGGCGGCUGCCCCUCUAGCUGCAGCGGCGGGAGCUGCAGCCAUGGGGAACACUGUGGGCUUUGCUGCUGGGCAGCUGGCUGGGAUGUCGGUGGCAGGCGGCACAGGGAUGGGAAAAGCUGUGGGCGCCAUAGUGGCAGCAGCCGCAGGGAAAACAGCCAUGGCUCUUGGGGCAGCGACCGGAGGAGUGCUGGGGGGAUCUGUGGGCGCCUUAGCUGGGGCAGAAGCUGCCAGUCCUGGGGCAGCUGCCUUGGAUGCUCUAGGGCAGGUGAGCCUGAUUGGGACUGCAGCAGUGGGAGUUGCAGCAGGGGUGGGGGGUGCCAUGGGGGCAGGAGCGGCCCUGGGGGCUGCUCUGGAAGGUGCAGCUGUCAGCACAACUGCCCUGACAGGGGUGGGCACCGCAGCAGGGGCAGUAGGUGUGGCUAAUGCUACUACUAUUGGCUCAGUAGCAGCUGGGCAGCAAGCAGUGGCCACUGGGGGCAGUGUUCCAGCUGGAGCUGUUCAGUGUGCAGCCGUCGCUGUGGCAGAUGGGGUGGCUGUGAGUGGGCUGCUGGUUCAGGCCAGUGGGGUGUGUGGAUCUGCAGGGCGGGUUGUUUCUGGUGCCUGGGGCUCCAUGGGAGCGACAGCGUGCAUUAUGACAGCGGUGGCAGAGAUAGGCAAGGCUGCAGCGGGAAUUGCCCUGGCAGGAGGGCUGGUGGUGAAGGUAGUGAAGGAGAGGGUCAGGAACGGCAACAGCUCAGCAGACGCCAACUACACAGAGAAAAAGUCCUAUGAGAUCUACUGGAACAAAUAAAGGACAGUUAGUUGAAACACCACCAGACCACAGAAGAAAAGGACACUCUCAGGACCUUUCAAAAUGUGGAUUCAGGUUCAAUCAUUAAGCAACUUAUCACAAUCAUCAAUAAAAGCAGAUGACGCAUGUCUUUGUUCCUUUUACUGGCAGUGGAUGGUGUGAUUUCCUCUAUUCACUGUUACUUCACUGCAGAAGAGCUAUAGUUUAUUAUCUUCCCACAAUAUUAAUGAACUAUCGUUUUAGCUUUGUUCAAGCACUUACCGUGGUUAUUUGAGCUUUUUGGUAUGCACUUACACUAUUUGUAUGGUUACUUGUGAUCCUAUAGUUAUUUUUAAUUAAUUAUAGAAUAUGGUUUUCCACUGUAUUCAAUGAAAUGAGUAGUUUACUGUUUUAAUGAAAGACAGUUAUCUAUUUCUGCAUGCAGAUUUUCAUUAAUCCACAGAUAUAAUCUACGACGUUUUAGUCAGGUCCAGUAUUACAAAACUUUUUUUUUGUUCUUAUUCACAACUGAAAUGAUGUACUGUACUGUAUAACACACAUUUCACAUUAUGUAUUCAGUUGCAGUGUUGUGGCUUUUUGAAGGGGAAAGAAUUGAAAUGCAUAAUAAAAUGAAAUCUGAUAAGAAAAA